UUGGCAAUACUCCUCUGUUCCAUUAAAACCACCAUCAGUCACAACCGUCCAAGUUUCUCGGUUAACUAUCUUCCAAUGGCCCGGACAAAGCAAACCGCUCGCAAGUCUACUGGUGGCAAAGCCCCUCGGAAGCAACUCGCUGCCAAGUCUGCCCGCAAGACCUCCUCCAACGUCGCUGGUGGCGUCAAGAAGCCCCAUCGUUUCAGACCUGGAACCGUCGCUCUUCGUGAGAUUAGACGUUACCAGAAGUCCACCGAGCUUUUGAUUCGCAAACUCCCUUUUCAACGUCUCGUCCGUGAAAUUGCCCAAGAUUUCAAGACCGAUCUCCGUUUUCAGUCGUCAGCCGUCAUGGCUCUCCAAGAAGCUGCUGAGGCAUAUCUCGUUUCUCUGUUUGAGGACACUAACCUUGCCGCCAUUCACGCAAAGCGUGUGACCAUUCAACCCAAGGACCUGGCGUUGGCACGUCGUCUCCGCGGCGAGCGCAGCUAGGCGGGAGAAUUUUCGUGGGAUGAUGGAGCAUCCAUCCUUGUCGAUUUGUGUUUCAUUUGAUUUAUCAUCUGUCUGUGGGAUUAGUGUACUUCAUCCAUUGUUUCGCCAAUUGAAUUGUUGCAUGUUGCUUUUGC